GCUGCGCUCAGCUGCUGGGGGGCGGGACUGCAGCUGACCAUGGCGGGCGAGCUUGAGGGUUCCAAACCCCUGAGCGGGUUGCUGAGCGGCCUGGCCCAGGAAGCUUUCCACGGGCAUCAAGGCAUCACAGAAGAGCUGCUGCGGAGCCAGCUCUAUCCAGACGUGUCACUGGAGGAGUUCCGCCCCUUUCUGGCUAAGAUGAGAGGGAUUCUUAAGUCAAUUGCAUCUGCAGACAUGGAUUUCAACCAGUUGGAGGCAUUCUUGACUGCUCAAACCAAAAAGCAAGGUGGGAUCACAUGUGACCAAGCUGCUGUCAUUUCCAAAUUCUGGAAGAGCCAUAAGACAAAAAUUCGAGAGAGCCUCAUGAACCAGAGCCGUUGGGACAGUGGGCUUCGAGGUCUGAGUUGGAGAGUUGAUGGCAAAUCGCAGUCAAGGCAUUCAGCUCAAAUACAUACCCCUGUUGCCAUAAUGGAGCUGGAAAUAGGAAAAAGUGGACAGGAAUCUGCAGAACAAGGACAGAAGCAGAUGUGGUUGAUUUGGAGGUUUUCAGUAAGACAACUAAAAUAAUUUAACAAACUGAUAGUAAAUAUGAGAGGAGAGCCCUCAUUGAUUAAGGCCAGGCAGUAUGAGUUGAGAAAAUAAUGAGAGCUCAGGUGGUGGUAGGAGUAGAAACUCAGAUGGGAGGCCUACCACGUGAAGGUGAAGGGGGCUGGUAUAAUGGGAAGGGCAAAGACUGAACUUGAAUGAGAAGAAGUAAUCAUGCAUAUUGCUGGGGCAUGAAGGACAAACCCUUCUGGUUGUGUUUCUUUCUGUGACAAGUUUCCAAGGGGAAUAAAUAUUAGUUUUCCAUUUUGCUUUUAAAAAAUGAUAAUUUCCAAUUUGACUUUGUCUUCUCGUUGUAACAUUUGACAUCUGCUUUGUUAACAUUAUUACUUGUGGCUGAAAUACAAGCUGUUGAAUUUAGAAUGUAAGAGAAUGGUUGGUUCCUGAUUAUUCCUGAGAUUAGAGUUUUCUCUGGCCCUAAUAAUUUAGAUACAUCUAUAUGUCUACAAAUCUAUAUCUAUAUAUCUGUAUAUAGUGUAAAAUCUUAAAGGAUAUGCUCUGCAAUAUCACAAUAUUCAAUUCUUAAAAAUUUUUUUAAUGUUUUAUUUAUUCUUAGAGAGAGAGAGAGAGAGAGAGAGCGCGCGCAUGCACGAGUGGGGGAGGGGCAGAGCAAGAGAGGGACAGAGAAUCUGAAGCAGACUCCAGGCUCUGAGCUGUCAACAGAGAGCCCAGCACGGGGCUUGAACUCACGAGCUAUGAGAUCAUGACUUGAGCCAAAGUCAGAUGCCCAACUGACUGAGCCACCCAGGUGCCCCAUCAGUUCUUUUUUUUUUUUUUUUUUUAAUGUUUAUUUAUUUUUGACAGAGAGAGAGAGAGACAGAGUGCAAAUGGGGGAGGGGCAGAGAGAGAAGGAGACCCAGAAUCCGAAGCAGGCUCCAGGCUCCAAGCCAUCAGCACAGAGCCCUCUGUGGGCUUGAACCCAUGAAGCAUGAGAUCAUGACCUGAGCCAAAGUUGGAUGCUUAACCAACUGAGCCAACCAGGUACCCCUACAAUAUUCAAUUCUGAUGCUAAUAGCCACCUGGAGUUAGCAUAAAUCUCCUAGGUUAAAGGCACAGUCACCAACAGACUGCCAUCACUUCAGACUCUGAUUGCAAGUUUUGGGGUCCCAGAACACCUACACUUCCGACUAACUGGAUUCAAAUAUGGGGAUUUUCCCACUAGACCCCUCAGAUUCAAUAAAUAGCUGGAAGCUGGAACAAUUCAUAGAAUUCAGGAAAGCAGUGUACUAAUGAUUACAAUUUAAUUAUAUAGGAUACAAAUUAGGACCUGCCAAAUGAAAAGACACAUAAGUUGAAGUCUGUGAGGGUUCCACACACAGUGCUUUCAUGCUUUCUGCCCUUGGAAUCAAGACAUAUCACCCUCCUAGCACAAGCUCGUCAGAGCUCCUGUGUCCAGAGUUUUUAUUGGGGUUGCAUUACCUAGCCAUGAUUGAUUAUAUCAUUGGCCACACAGUUGAACUCAGUCUCUAGCUCUCCUGCCUUGCCCAGAGGUUGGGCUAAUACUAAGUGGCUCAAAGCCAACCCCAACCCUGUAGUCAUGUAGUUGGCCUUUCCUGCUUUGCCAGUCCCCACCCUGAGUCAUCUCUUUAACAUAAGCUCUGUAGGGGCCCACAAUGAGUCACCUCAUUAGUGCAAACUAUCAUGGCCCACUCAUGAAUAACAAGAUGUUCUUAUUACUGGGGAAUACUCAAGGGUAUAGAUGUUCUGUCCGAGAAACCAGGUACAAAGACCAGUCAAGUUUUGUGUUAUGCAACACUCUGGAUCCAGAAGGCUAAAUGGUAUUCAGGGAUUUUGUUUUCUGUCUGGCAUUGUCUCUGAAAAGCAGUAUCUAAUUUGUCUUCUCUAUUUUGUCUGUUAUCAGUUUCUCAGCACAGGUAAAACUAAGAACUAAGUGAUAAAACCAAAAGCAUCCAAAACCAUUACCUUCUACUCUCACCAAAGUUUUGAAGCUUCUAUCAGGAGAACUAUAUUUGCAACUUCUGCCUUUCCUUUGAGCCAUUAAGGCACAGAUUGUGAAUUGGUGACUAGCAGGUCUUAGCAGAUGUUUUAUUUGGUGCACACUUUUUAAAAAGAAUUUGAAUUACAUGCCAAUGGUUUAAGAAACUGAAGAGUUCGCAUUAAUGUGACCUUUCUGACUUGUCUUAAACUCAAAAACAUUACUGGGCCUGUGUUUCUAUUUAGCAGUACUUGGCUGAAGUGAAAUGGUGGCCACCCCCUUUAAAAGAUCAUUUAGAUUCUCUAUAGCUUAUCACAGUUCUUACCCACCUGCAUCACCCUAAACUUAUCCCACAACUUGAUCUUUAAAGAAUAUGAAUUAAGAAGAAAAAUAAGCACAUAUAUAACGUAUCAGCUUUUGGUUGGAGCCCUUUAUUUUAUGUCAUCUCAGUUAAUUCUGGAUAUAAUUCUGUGAGGUAAGAAUUAUAACUCCCACUUUAUAGUUGAACAAAAUGAAACUAGGUAAGUGGAUUUCUGAAAUAAAUUUCCUCAGGCUUCAUAAUACAUGGAAGAACUAGAACCCAUAUCACAAUGUUUAUUGGCUAUAGUUCUGCUAACAUGUCCCCAUGCCUCUUUUUCUUUUUUCUUUUCUUUUCUUUUCUUUUCUUUACUCUUUUCUUUUCUUUUCUUUUCUUUUCUUUUCUUUUCUUUUCUUGUUUCAUUCCUUUUUUCUCUUUCUUCUUCUUUUUUAUUUAUUUAUUUUUUUUUAAGAAAGUGUGUGUGAACGGGAGUGGGAGGAGAGAGAAAGGGAGAGAGAUACAGACAGAGAGAGAUUCUAAAUAGUCUCUACUCUCAGUGCAGAGCCUGACACGGGGCUCUAUCCCAGGACUCUGGGAUCAUGAACUGAGCCAAAAUCAAGAGUUGGACACUCAACUAACUGAGCCACCAAGCGCCCCAUCCCAGCUCAUUCUUAAAGGCAAGUUCUAAGCCUUACUCUUCUUUAUAUCCCCAUAUACAUUAGCACAGUGCCUAUAAACGUAGUACGUUUUCCAUAAAUGAGUGUUGAUUUCAAUUGGAUUUGUUUGGGCAGAAUUGAAAUAUUUGGCAACAAACUGGAUGUUAGCCAUAAGGAAAAAGAAAAUGUCAAAGAGUACCAUGGGAAUUUGAGGUUUGUGACUGGAAAGAUAGUGAUACCCUUUGGAGAAAUUGAAAACAGUAAAGAACAAAUUUGAGAGACAAAAUGGCUAAUGUAUUUUGAAUGAUUUCUGUGUGUCAGGCACUAUCCUCUUGUCUUUACAUACAUUACCUUAUUUAGACAUCAUCAUCUCUUAUCAAAGGAACUACUCUUUUCUGCAUUUUACAGAAAAGAAAACAGGCCCAGGGUUUUUAAGUAAUUUACUCAUUGUUUCAUAGCUAGCAAAGUGCUGGAACUAGGAUUUCAACCUAGGAUUAUGUGGCAUUGGAGUUCAUUUUGGGGGACAUAUUUAUUAGGUUUAAAGCACUAGCAAGAUGCCUUUAUGACAAUGUCUAGCAUAAAGUUGGUAAUAUAGGACUUAUGCUCAGGCAAUACGUUGGGGCAGAAUUACACAUCUGAAAGUAAUCUGCAGAGUUGUCAUAGUGAUGGAUUUAUUCACCUUUAUCCAGAGAAGGAGUAAGGAAGACAAGAAAUACAAAGCCAGAAAAUUGAGCAUGUGUUUACUGAGUAAGAAGAAGAGUAAAGAUCCUUUUUACCUUUGGAGAAUAAGAAUAAUUUUGCAUGUAUUAUUAAAAAUA